CAAUGUACCAAUCGUUUUAGUAUCAAAUUGAAAAUUCAUUUACCUUAGAUAUCUGUCAGAGAACAAAAAAUCAUUAAAACAGUUUCUCUGUACAGUAAGGUUUGAUUUUUAACUACAGAUUUUGGUCUCUAGUGCGCCUUGUGACAACUAUUUUCGAUUAUUGUUAUCGAUAAACACAGCAAUAUAUUUUAUCGCGGAUUAGUUUAAACGCGCAGAAAAUAAAGUAGUUUGCGAAACUUCAACGAAGAGAUACCGCUCUAUUGCACAUAAACACAUAUAUUUUUAUAAAAUGAUUUAUGAGGAGCUCUUUGCAAAUAAGGAUGACUACGAAAAGAACGUCCAUUGGGUGCAUUGCCACCUUUGCUAUGAAUUGUACAUAAAGAGGGAACGUACCUUUUUUUUACACGCUUGUGAUCAUGUAACUUGCGAAACGUGUUCCACAGCAUCACCAACUUCGGUCAAUUCGGUCACUUCGGUUUUGUCAGACCGGAAAUGUCCGGUUUGUGAGGAAGUAGUAAGCAUCAGCGAGAUAAAUAAUGACAUGCCGCAGCAAAUGAAGAAACUCUUUCAUCCGAAUCCCUGGCAAGACGAGAUGCCUGCCUUCCAUGUUUUGCAGUUUCAGCAGAAGCAACAAAUUCACUUGUACCAGGGCAUGAUAGAAAUAGCACACAAAAUAAUGGCAAUGGAGGAUGAAAUAGCUGCAUUACGCGUUGAUGAUAAACCAAACCAGGAUGAGUUGGAUAAGUUGCGCCUCGAGCGCAAAGAGCAGGAACGCGAAAUGUGCCAGAUUGCGAAGAGGCCCAAAACCGCGGAAACGGCAAUGACUGAGGAAGUACAACAAAUGGGUGCAUGCAGUUCAGCAACUGAAUCUGGCAAUGGUUGUGUACAUGAUGAUCCAAUAGGUGAGCAGCUUGGGGAUAUACAGCCGUCUGGACGUUCAGACCAGUAUAUAUCAAAUCCGUUUGAGGCGAACGUUGAUAGUCUAAAGCAGCCUGCAGACUCUGAGUUUAAUUCUUAAACAUUUAAUAUACAACUUUUAUUAAUAAAAUUGUGUUCAUU